AUGUCAACCCCACUCCCGUCGCCGCCUCGUAUUGGUGUCAUUGUGAACCAGUCUGUACGCCGCGUCGCCUGCGAUCAAUGUCACUCCCAGAAGCUGCGAUGCACAAAAACAGACGAUAGCAACACCUGCGUACGGUGUCAUCGCCUGAAUCGGACCUGUGUAUGGAGUCCGCCGUUACGGAGUGGUCGCCCUGUGCGAGCUGUCACCGAGGGGGGCACUGGCCGCAGCACUGGCGGCGAGAUGCGCCGGAAGCGUACUUUAGCCGAAACCCUCGAAACCACCGCACCGGGAGACAAGUCCAUACCCACGGUCAUGACGACGAGUGCGAACACCGAUGCCACUCAGGGUCAAAGAGCCCCCAGUCAUAAUCUCCGCCAGCCUAUUCCGUCCAACGAUUCGGUUGAGACCUCCGAGACACCGUCAAUGCCUUCCUUCUUCCAGGAAUGGAACCUGUCCGACAUUUUCAGUAUACCCAGUCCCCGAUCGAACCAAAGGGACAGCCCUUUUUCACCGGUCCUAUGGACCCCACCGGAUAGCGUUCUUCCGACAACACAAUUCGCGGGCUUUGUCAGUGCGGCGGCCACGGGCCCCGUAAGUCCCUGCCCGGAGCAUAACCGUAGCAAUAGGAACGUUCCACCUCCAGCAAGGUCGUCUGCCGCAGUACCCCAGUCUGACUCCGUUCAAGACAUCACGCAGGAUCUAUCUGACCUCAAUUUGUCGCUGCUGAGCGUACACAACUCUCUUCAAGCGGAGCCCUGGGGAGACAUGUUCGAAUCCCCGUCGGCCGUUAUUGCGAAACUGACCGCGUGCGAUCGCGGGUAUUCGGGCGUGGAUCUCACCCGAAGCUAUCCGCUUGUCGAGGUAUUUAAUGGCUCCCAGCGUUUCAUCGAGCUGCUCAAGCGGGCAAACGCAUACUUCACCUCAACGUCCGCUCCAUCCUGGUCUUCAUCCGCCCCCUACUUCUUGAGCACUCAGGCACCCCCACGAGCAUAUCAAUCUCAAGGUUUGCCCUCGGAUAGCGACACGUCUAGCAGUCGAUCAUUAGAGAACGACAUGCAGUCAGGGAUGCCCCCGCCUCCCAGCACGGCACCUCAUCGGCCCUGCCGAGGGGGCCGGGCCGAUCUUCCUACCGGCCUUCUUAUCUGCACUAUUUAUGCGCGGACCAUUGACCUCUACACCGUUCUCAUUACACAACUGUCGCACUUUGUCCACGCGCUCUCCAUGCUCUCUGCAUCGGGGGGUCCUGAGUAUCGCCCACAGAUGCAUCCGGUGAUCCCCCCGUUGCAAUGGGGCGCCUUUCAACCCGCCAACUACAGCGCCCUGCAGAUGCUGAUAGUCACUCAGGUGAUAUCGUUCCUGCUGGCGGAGAUCGAACGAUCGCUGGGCGUCGACGAAUGGGAGCAGUACGUCGGUCGGAGGGAUUCAUGGCGUGGAGAGCGGACGACGGGGGGGUCGUCUUAUACAGAAUAUCAGUCCUCACGACAUGGGGGGACCCGGCAAUGGGAGUCCGCGGAUGGGGAUCCAGAAACCACAUCGCCCCGGAGGGGUUUGGUGAGUCCCGAGAUGAUCGAUAUUGUCGUUCAAGGUAACCAGGGGCGGAUGGGGGGCCGGAGUGGAAAGAUCGCGGUGUUACGGAGGAAGGUGAAGAGAGUGAAGAAGGAGUUGGAGCGCAGUAUCUAUCGUUAA